UACUCUCAAUCGAGAAGAUUGACCAAGUGCAGUGCUAUGACUUCAAUCAUGCAGUUUGCAGCCAUUUUCGCGCUUCUUGGCGCCAUUAUGUACCUUCCAGGUUUCCACGCAUCUGCUUUACACUCAUCUGCGAUGAAGCAACUCAUUGUUACAGACGCCGAGCCCCAAGUUGCUGCUGCAGCUGUCAUUGAAGGAGCAAGCACCGUUCUGGAUAUCAUUUCUAAAGGUAGAGAAUUUUUCAAGAAUGUGCGGACAACAGAUUUCAUGAAAACCAAAGUAAUUCCCUAUCACUGUGACUUAGCUCCAAGUCUUGGAAAACUGAAUGUAGAAGAGUUUAAAAAAAUGGAUAGACGUUUACAGACGAUGAUCGGAACAACGAAAGCUCUACUAGAAAAGUUGAUCCGUGAAGAAGGCAAAUCAAAUGUAAAAUUCGAACGUUACCAGUCUGCCAUGCUGCAAAAUCAUUUUGCUCAGAAAAUGGAUGGUGGUUAUGAAUAUAGAAACAAACUUUUGCAAUUUGAAUUUAAAGGAAUUUCAACAGGACGUGAGCAGCAAAAUGUGGCGAUAAAAGUUGAUUCCUGGUUCAAAGAACUGCUUAAUGAUUCAGAUGUGUAUCAAUCAACUAAAAUCGAACUGCAGGAUUUUAAAAAUAUUGCUUCUGCUACUGGUGUCGCCGUCGAAAGUUUUGCAACUCUAUUCUAUGCCAACAAAAAGGUAACUCGUGAUGUAGUGGACGUUGGAAUUCUGAGAUAUCCUGAUCCAUUGAAACCUUAUUUUAAGUUAUACCGUAUCAAACUCUUCGCAUACAGCGACCGAAGACGCUAUACAUUUUAUGAAGAGACAUACAGUGGAAUAGAAGGUACUUACCAUUCGCAGAAUUUCGAACCGAGAUCUGAUGUCAUCGAUGCAAUCGAACCCGACCGUUUCAAGAAUUUUAUUAAGUCUGCAUUAGAUUCUUUGUUGUAAAUAAAUUGAUUUCGACUUAA